UCAAUGGAUACUUUCUCCAAACAACAUAAAUGCGACCAUGAUGUUUUCUCCGCUUAGACUUCAUUUACAAUGUUCGAGUUAUCAAAAUCAUGCCUAUCAAAGACGACGUUAGCUUAAGUUUAAAAAUGUAAAAAUUUAAAAACAAGAAAUAACAUUUGUUUAUUUUCAGAUAAACCGCUUAACCACGCUCGUGUAUUUAAUAAUAGAAUACCGAACAAGAAUCUUUUUUACCAGCUGGUAUUUUAAACGCAUUAAUUUAAAAAAGAGUUUAAAUUUUUUUUUCAUAAAAGUUGCCAUCACACGCAGUAGUUUGCGAGCAUGUUGCGACUUGUAACUUAAUGACAGGUUUGAUGUUUAAUUAGAGUUACAUAGCCAUCCAACAAUAUAUUCACCUAACCACUCUUUCAAACAAAUUUUUACAAAAUCUUAUGCCAUAAAAAAAUAAUUGUUACAUUUUAUAGAAAAGUUAAACUAUGCGUUCUUUAAGUAACCAACAAAGACAAUUUAAUUACACGGAAAAUGAUCCUCAACAUCAUACAAGUUAUUCAAAAAACCCAAGUAUCGGUUAUGUCUAUUCUGUUCAAAAUCAAGUUGAGUACGUUAACCAUAUCAAUCAAGCAAAAGCUAAUUUAACUGAAUCAAUGCUACAAUUAAGUAACCAACAAAAACGAUUAAACUACACCAGAAACGAUCCUCAACAUCAAACAAGUUAUUCAAAAAACCCAGUUAUUGGUUGUGUCUAUUCUAAUCACAAUCAAGUUGAAUACAUUAACUAUAUCGAUCAAGCUACAUAUUUAACAGCUAAUGCUAAUGAAUUAAUGCUGCAGUUACCCCACAAUCAAACAAAACAAUACAGAAAUGAGCAGUUUUUUUGCAACGAAGCAGAUCCCAGUUAUUACAACAGUAUAAAUGACACAUAUACAGAAUCUAGCAUGUCAGAUCAAUAUUAUAAACUGCUUUUGUAUCGGGAAAAAUUAAUGUUUAAAUUGAACGAGAUAAACUACGAUACUGCUAUCUUUCGAUUCUCCUUUUCCAGUUGCAAAACUAACUUAACAGCGGAACAAAUAAAAUAUUAUAUGGCUACUUAUGAAUUUGUUUUGAAAUUGCGAGAAUGGCAUCAACGGGAAAUUAAACAUGUUAAUGAAAAAUUAUGUCGCUUAUAUUUUUGCAACAACGGGUACCAAGUUGCUCGUUUUAACCAAAUAAUUGAUAGGAUUAAAAUAAAAACGAAAAAAGAAAACCGCUAUACAAGUAUAUUGAGUACAAGUACUUCAAUUUCACCCAGCUUUGCAACUAUGCCAAAGAAUAGUUAUAUUAUGGCAACUAAGCCAAAGUGUAGUGUUAAACAGAAGAGUUCAUAUCGGCUUUGUCAUUUGCCCAAUUUGAAACCAGCUUUAAAUAACGGGAAAAUUGCAGAAUAUAGUUGUCCUAAAAGUAAUUGUUUUGAAUUUUACGAGUAUGAAAACAAAGAAAAUAGUAAAAAAUAUCUUUCUUUGUGUAAGAAAAGAUGGAAUUCAAACAAAGAAAAAGAUAGAAAAAUUUCAAGUCCAAAAAUCUCGACCCGGUGCUCUGAUUUUGCAAAACUAAAAAAUGAAAACCUUAUUAAUGAAACAUGCAGUUCUUUAAUAGCUUCAAAUAAUUUGAAAAAUGUAAAAUCACCUGCUGUUAACGAGAGUUUAAGUGACAAAGAUAUAGAGUUAAGCUUUAAUAAUGCUUUAGACAACAGUUUUUACAACAGUUUUUCUGGCGAUGAAUCUAUUGGAGAACUUGUUAUUGACGAAAACUAUUAUCACUAAUUUUUUGUUUAGUCCUUUUUUUUUCUUUUUUAAAUAUAUCUCCUAUGAUCAUUACAGUGUAUGUAAAGAAUAACCUAUAUUUUGCAGAAGUUUGACUUAAAAAAGUUUGUUAAUUUUUAAUUUUAAAAUUUUUAUUUUUUUAAAUAAGUCAAACUGCAUCAAAUAAAUUUAAUAGUUUUUACAAUUGUUUUUCACUUAACUUUUUAAAGAACUUAACUUUUUAAUGAUUUGCUACAAGUUUACUUCAUAGGAGUUUCAGGUAAUUAAAUCUGAAAGUUUAAUGAUAAAGUAAGAUUGAGCAUAAAGACAUGUUUGGCAAUAAAAUAUCUCAAUAUUUA